AUGGUCGUGGGGACUUCACCCAAUCGAAGUUCGCAAGCGCCUCGUCACCCUCCAUUCUCUGUCGCUGUAGAUCAGGUACUUAUUCAACCAGGGAUAAGAGCACACCGAAAUACUGGCUUCCCAACAAAGAAUGCUAUUAUCGCUUGAUCGACUCCAACCUGAAAAUUGGUUGCGCGGUCGUUGUUUUUAUAAUCAGGAAAACUAAAGGACCGUAUGUGGAUAUUUCUGUUUUGAUAAUAGUUUUUUGUCAUAUUUUAUCAGUGUGUUAUUUAAUGCGGGUGCUUUCCGUAAAUCUAGAUGGGGAGUCAGAUUCUGGAAACCUAGAAUUCAAAAGAAGACGAUUAUGAUUCUUUAUUUAUUUUCCAGACGUCUUCAGCAUGUCCAUGUGCAUGAGUUAGGUGUAGUGUCCAUACAUGUUGCAGAAAGAUUGCCAUAGCAAACACACUAAAUAAAAGUAUCCCGAUAAAUGUUCCUUCAGGCAUCAGCUGUUAUUAAGCCACAAAUAGGGCAGGAUAAAUUGUGCCCUUUUCAUUGCCCUUGUAAGGCCCAGUAGUUAGACAUCACAGCAUUCUCCUUUUAACUUAAGUAUCAGGGUUUUCAAUAUCGGAUAGUUGUGCUUUACAUUCAAGUCAACGUUUGUAGAUAUUUUGAACACGUGCCCACAAAACAUAAUUAACUUAUGCGUUCGCUGCUGCACUUUCCGUCAUUUAUUUCGGCAAAAGUUUCGUCGAUUAUGCAAUUACUCGACAUGUGUUUUACUAGUUCACUGUCUUUGACCGCCAUAGUAAUGAUCGAAUUAAAUAUUGCACUAUUUAAAUGGAGCACAGUGCACGAGAACCCAGUUAAAGGUCAUUCCAAAAAAAUAAAUAAUGCCUGCAUUAAAAUUCGAAGGAACGCUCAUUUUAAAAAAGGUAUUUGAAGUCAAUUUCUUAUUUUCCAGUUAUUUCCUGUCGACACUUAUCUCAAUUAUCGCGACGAUGUUUGUGUGUUCAUCAAUAUAUUCGAUACGGUUAAAUUAUCGAAACUAAGCGAACCAACUUUUCCACUGGAAGUCCACGAAAUAUUUGCAUUUGAAAAGGUACCUUGGUCAACUUCCUUUUUGCUUAGGUGGAUAGGUCUUUUACGAUGUUAGCUCUUCUUAUGAACUUUGUCGAAAACUGGAAGGCAUGUAGUCUUAUAAAAUAUUAGCAUGCAAAUAGAUAUGCCAGUCACCAUCGAACUGCGACAGGUUACGGACUGCCAUCGAGGUGGAACAUUAUUAGCUUAUUUUGACGGGAACGCUCGGGAUUUGUUUGACCCAUGUCCAGUUUUUUGCAGCACCUUAGGUACCAAUCGUGAACUCCUAAUGCGAUCGAACAAGGUAAGACGCGUGACAAUUACUCAACCUGGACUUAGUCAUCGUCACCAAGAUUAGAAUUUUCAACGAGCACUAAAAUAGUUCCAUAUGUUCCAAGUCCUCCACCCACCUGUGUAUGCUCACAUAAUACUUAAGCAUUAACUACUUUAGCAUACAGACGGGCGCUGCUGCUGCAAUCACAAGCAAGUCCCAAAUUUUAAUUUGUUAUGGCCAGGUCUUCAUCUAAUUACGCAAGGCCAACGUUUACGAGUGCACUUAAAUCAACCAACACAACUUCCACUCUGA